AUGGCAACCACCGUUGAAACCGUUACUAUCUCUACCGACGUGGAAGGCUCUAAGAAGCUCACCUUCGAGCCCUUCGCCCUCCCCUCCAGCAACCAACGCCCUCUCGGCCCUCCCCACCCCCCAAACACGACAAUCCCCCUCGCCCUGAAACCGUCAGAACAAAGCCCAACCCUCGAAUCCGCUAUCUCAACCAUAACCUCCCUCCAGCGCACAAAAGCCCUCACCACCCUCCUCGCCAAACACGGCGCCCUCCUCUUCCGCGGCCUCCCCAUCCACUCCGCGUCCGACUUCAGCGCCUUCGCGCACUCCUUCGGCUGGACUCCGCACGAGAUAAUCGGCAUCGUCGUCGAGCGUCCUGUCCUCGCGCCAAACGUGGCUCCUGCAAACGAAGCACCCAAGGAAGUGCGCAUCUACAACCACAACGAGUCCCCGCAGGUCCCGCAUGCGCCGGAGUAUAUCUUCUUCUAUAGCCAGAAAGCGCCGGCGGUAGGGAAGGGUGGGGAGACGCCGGUUUCGUCGAGCUUGGAGCUGUAUCACCGUGCGAGGAAGGAGAUUCCCGAGUUUGUGGAUUUGCUUGUGCUGAAGGGGAUUAGGAGUGAGGUUACGUAUAAAUUUGGGAGGCAGUAUGUGGGGGGGUCGACGCUGAGAGAGGCGUUUGGGAAGGAGAUUCUCGAUGGGGAUGAUGAGGCUACGAGGAGAAGAAAGGUUGAGGAGCAGAUUCGGCGGUAUGGAAGGGGGCAGUGGACGACGUGGGAGUGGACGAAAGACGAAGAUGGGAAGGAGGAUGGGAUUGUCCUUACGCAUCAACUCCCUGUUGUGCGUGCGCAGCCGGGCACGAACUUGCCCACGCUGUUUACAGGAUUAGCGGCGUAUUAUAAGAACGCUGUUGAGGCGAGGAAGGGGAGUGCUGCUGGGAGGAAGAAUGUUGCGCAGCAGUUGUUUGGCGAUGGGACGCCCAUUCCGGAGGAGUAUCUGGCGACGCUGGCGCGCAUCACGGACAAGAUUCGAGUGCUGCAUCGGUGGGAAGAAGGAGAUGUACUUGUGUAUGACAAUGUCAUUGCGCAGCAUGGACGGGAGCCGUGGGAGGGCGAGCAGGGGGACCGCGUGGUGCUGGCGAGUUUGUUUGAUGGCGACAGUGUGCCGGGGGCGUAUGGCUUUGGCGAGUGGGCACAGGUCGUGCAAGCGUCAGCUUAG